UUUAACUGGACCUGAAAAGUCUCACCCACAGCCACAAGGAAUAGGAAGGGAAACUGCUUGGAAGUUUUCUUUCUGGAAAUUAGUUAAUUAACUAUCUCAUAUCUUUCUCAAACGCUUCAAACUAUCAUAAUUUUUCUACUUCUGGCUAGUUCCGACAAUUUCACCAACUGGGUAUUACUUCUAAUUGAAACUUGUUAAUGGCAACUCGGGAUUCUGAGACAUCAAGAGAAUCAAUGUCCCAAGGGGAAGAUGAUACUGUAUAUGUGGCUCUGGGAAAAGAUGUUGAACAGCAAAAGUUGACUUUGUUAUGGGCAUUAGAGAAUUUUCCUGGAAAGAAAUUUUGCAUUCUUCAUGUUCAUCAGCCUUCAAAAACAAUCCCCUGCGUUGGCGGAAACUUUCUUGCCAACAGGGUUGAUCAACAAGAACUCAAAGAAUUCCAAGAACUUGAAAGGAAGAUAAUGCACAGAAUCCUGGAGUAUUACCUUCUCCUGUGUCACCAAGUUGAAGUCCAAGCAGAAAAGCUAUGUAUUGAAAUGGAUGAUACAGGGAAAGGGAUUGUGGAGCUCGCAUAUCAGCAUGGUAUCAAGAAGCUUGUUAUGGGAGCUGCUGCUGACAAACGCUAUUCAGAGGACAUGGCGGAUCUCAAGUCCAGGAAGGCAAAAUAUGUCCAACAGCGGAUUCCUCUUUGCUGUCAAGUUUGGUAUGUCUGCAAGGGAUACCUCGUACACACAGGGGAAGGUGAAUUGACAUGCUCUUCUGCUAAUGCACUUGGUCACCAUGAUUCUGCUUCAUCAGAGAGAAUUGACGAGACUGGUCUUGAGUUAGAAUUGUGUGAAGUGCCUCAAUCAGAGGAAGAUAUUCAUUUACAUAAUCCUGAUGCAUUGGAGGAGAGUAGUACUAAUCAGCUUUAUGAACAACUGGAGCAAGCUUUGAUGGAGGCUGAAAAGUUUAAGCGAGAAGCAUUCGAAGAGUCCCUCAAGCAUUGGGAAGCUGAAAAAAUCGCCAUUAAGGCUAUUCGCCGGGCUAAAGCGUUAGAAAGCUUGUAUGCUAAGGAGUUGAAGCUCAGGAAAGAAUCUGAGGAAGCACUAGUGAAAGAAAAAGAAGACCAUCAAAGGACAAAAAAACAGUGGGAUGAAGAUCGUUUGAUUACCAUGGAUCAGAGACUGUUACAACAGAUCCAGUCUUCAAAUUUUGAUAACAAGAUAAAAGAAAUGAACGACGAAAUUCUUACUGCUGUAGAGCAGUGCAAAGAAUAUAAGAAAGAAAGAGAUGAGUUGGAACUAGAGCGUGACAUAGUUCUCAAAAUAGCUGAAGAGAUUUCAAAAUUUCAGGCAGGAGAUCUCGAGAUUGACAUAGCACUAAAAAUAGCUGAAGAGCUUUCAAAAAGGCAGGCAGAGGAUGCCUCAGCCAUCCAUAUGGGUCAGUUUCUUUCUGUCUUCUCUUUGUCAGAAAUCAAGGAAGCAACUCGCAACUUUGACCCAUCAUUCAAGAUUGGGGAAGGUGGAUAUGGAAGCAUAUAUAAAGGUGUUCUCCGUUACACGCCUGUGGCUAUAAAGGUGUUGAACCCAGAUAGCAUGCAAGGGCCAUUGGAGUUUAAACAGGAGGUUGAGAUGUUGAGUAAAUUGCGGCAUCCAAACCUGGUGAUUCUUAUUGGAGCCUGCUUGGAAGCUUUUGCUCUAAUCUAUGAAUAUUUACCAAAUGGAAGCCUUGAAGACCGACUGAGCUGCAAGGACAACAGUUCCCCUUUGCCCUGGCAAGCUCGGAUACGCAUAGCAACUGAGUUGUGCUCUGUUCUCAUAUUUCUUCAUUCCAGUAACCCCCACAGCAUUGUACAUGGAGAUCUAAAACCUGGAAACAUUCUUCUUGAUGCUAAACUCGCAUGCAAACUCAGCGACUUUGGAAUCUGUCGAGCACUUUCUCUCCAGGAAAAUUCAAGGAACAGGACCCUCUAUCACAAAACUGAUCCCAAAGGCACUUUCCUCUACUUGGAUCCUUAUUUCCUUGCAACAGGAGAAUUAUCUCCCAAGUCAGACACUUACUCAUUUGGAGUUAUACUGUUACAGUUGCUAACAGGGAGAUCAGCCUUUGGCAUUGUAAAGCAAAUUGGAGAUGCACUAGAUGAAGGAACUUUGAGUUCCUUUUUGGAUCCUUUAGCUGGGGACUGGCCAUUUGUGCAAGCGAAGCAAUUGGCUCGCUUGGCUUUGAGGUGCUGCUCAAUGAACCGAAACAGCCGACCAGACCUUGCGAUAGAAGCUUGGAGGGUGCUUGAACCCAUGAGAGCAUCUUGUGGAGAUUCAUCAUCACUCCAGUUUAGCUCUCUAUGGCGUCAACAGUCUCCUUCAUAUUUCUUGUGUCCCAUUUUACAGGAAAUGAUGCGAGAUCCUCAUGUGGCAGCAGAUGGAUUUACUUACGAAGCAGAGGCAUUGAUAGGAUGGCUGGAGAGUGGCCAUAACACUUCGCCAAUGACAAACCUGGAGCUUCAACACUUCAAUCUCGUCCCUAACCACUCUCUUCGUUCCGCUAUUCAGGAAUGGCAGCAAUUCUCCAGAUCCUCUUGACUUCCAAUAAGCUACCAAUCCAUUGCUGCUCAUGAUUUAUUGGCAGUUUGAUUUAGCAGUUGAAUAUGGGGCAUAUGUACAUAUCUACUUACAGAAAUCUUAUAUUACCCUAAUAGAUAAAUAUUAAAUUAAUCAACUGAAUUUAUGGUUUGAAAUUCGAGUUUCAUUUGAAUAUUUUAAAAUUAUCUUGAUUUUGAUAUGAUUUUAAAUUUAAUUAUUUAAAAUUUUGAAAAUUGAUUUUAGUUCCAAAUUAAAUUAAUUGAUUCAAUAUAAUUUGAAAUUAAAUUAAAUUAAUUUCCAUUUGAGUUAUCUAAGUCUGAUAUGAUUCUAAAGUGAUAGGACAGUGUAUGGCCUGCAUGAUUUUCUUUCUUUUUCUUUUAGUUGACCUAAACAGCUUGACUUGCUAAUCUUCUUCAGCAUACAAUAAGGGAAGGGCUUUAUAUUAUAAGUUAUCUGUGAACAGGGUGGAUCCCACCUGAUUAAUCACCAUCAUCAGAGCUAAGGCUAGGAUGUGGAUCCGGCAUUAAUCCACACGUGUGAUCCCACCAUUACAUGUGGAGCAAGUGUGAAGACAUUUUAUCCAUGUGCGGGUCCCCUCCUUUUUAGCUCUACACUAUACUCUACUGCCGUAUCAUCAACGAAAGUAUACUGCUCAAAUGAGACGCGCUCCACUCCAAGUUGAGCCUCGUGUCAUCAUUCUAUUGGAUUCAAGAACUUAAGACUUCCCAUGUUUGACUUUUCGUAUUCCUCCUUCAGUUCUUGGCCAAUGGAAUUUUCGCUUGUGAAAAGGUUUACACAUACUUAUCCCAGCUGAUAUUAACUCUUUCAUAAUUAUUAUUUAAUUUGUAUUCGUACGGCGCAUACGGACCAUAUUUACCUGUUUAGGCUGUAGACGGUAACCCUCGAAUGCAAUUAAAAUACUACCCCACGCGCUAAGCCCUUUUACAACCACUUUCGGGGAGUUGGGUGGGUACAAUCACCAACCAUCUUCCACCCUCUUCUAACUCGUUGCGGAACGGUCAAAGCACGCAAGAGAGGAAAAAC